AUGCUUAUCCAUGAUAAUUUCGUCUCGUUGACAAUAUGUAUCACCCACGUUGUGGCAGAGCUCUUGGAGGUCUGCUGGCUGCAGAUCCGAGACACAUUUGAUACAGCAGCAAUCGACAAAGAUACCACAUGGUCACCCGUGUGUCCUCUAAAACACAAUGAUUCAGCAACAGGUCUGCACACACCUGCGGAGGUUUCUGUCUCACAGCAAGAUGGGACGACCAUAUGCAGCCGGAAGAUGCAACUAAACCCCGGCAGCGCCGACCUGAUACAACAGGAAGGCGAGGAAUGGCUGGCGCUUGAGGUGGGGAGGUUUCAGCCGGCCGGCGUUAGUCGCGAGAUCACUUUUAAUCUGCUGGACGGCACCACUCACUGCAAGACUGGACUCGUGUUUGCUGGGGUGGAGAUUCGUGCUGUCUCCACUUAA